AUGCUUGAUAAUAAAGAUCAAGGCAAAAUAUUUUUAUCAUCAGAUUAUGAUUUGGAUAUAGAUGAAAGAAAAGUAAAAUAUAAAAAUUUUAACAUUGUUUUAUGUGAAAUAUGUAAAAAUAAAAUUAAUCAUAAUUGGUAUUGUAGAAAUUGUUAUGAUAAUGAAAAUAAUGAAGAAAAAUAUCGUAUGCUUUAUGGAAAGUGUAAAAGAUGUUUUCAAGCGAUGAAAAUCCGCAGUUGGUGUUUAUCUUGUAAUUCAAAACGAUUUGAACAAGAUUUUAAUAAGUGGACUAGUGGGAAUGAUGAAAUAGAUAAAUUAAUAAAAGAUAGUCAAACUUCAUCUUGUAUUUUAGAAUGGAUUCCAUACGAUAGAUUUACAGACGUUAAAUUUCUGACUGAAGGAGGUUUUGCUAAUAUAUCUUCGGCUACUUGGAUAGAUGGACGAAUUGAAAAAUGGGAUCAGGAAUCUAAUAACUGGAAGAGAUCUGAGCCAAUCAAAGUUGCUUUGAAAGUAUCAAAAGUUAUGAAAGAAUCAAUGAACCCUAACCCUAGUGAAGACUUUCUAAAUGAGUUAAAAACUUUGAAAAAAUUUUCUAAUUAUUAUCAUACACAUGUAAUACAAUGUUAUGGAAUAACUAGAGAACCUAAUUCUCUUAAUUAUGCAUUAGUACUUAAAUUAAAAGAUUGUAGUUUGCGUGAUUAUCUUCAUUAUUAUUAUAAUAUGUUAACAUUGAAAGAUAAAUUAGAUAUUAUAGGACGCAUAUGUUUGGCACUUGACUGUAUUCACAGUCAUAAUAUAAUACACAGCGACCUUCACUCAGGAAAUAUUUUAUAUUCCUUUAAAAAAAAGUCGGAUAUAUCUAUUAGUGAUUUUGUAUAUUGCAAACCAGUAAAUGAAAUAAACUCAGACAAAAUGAGAGUCUAUGGAAUAAUGUCAUAUAUGGCACCUGAGAUAUUACGUUACGAAAGAUAUACACAAGCAUCCGAUGUGUAUUCUUUUGGAAUAAUUAUUAAUGAAAUAUUCUCUGGAAUCCAACCAUUUCAUGAUCAAUCAAAUGAUUUUACUCUUGCACUUGAUAUUUGCCACGGAAUUCGUCCAAAAAUAGGGGAUGAAACACCAGAACCUUUGAAAAAGUUAAUUCAAAAAUGUUGGGAUACAAUUCCAGAAAAUCGGCCAAAUACUAAUCAAAUUUAUAGUAUGUUACGAGACUUUAUGUAUACAAAAAGAAAUGAAGAUUCUUAUGAUUUCAGAAAGUACACAAACCAAUAUAAAGAAUUACUAAGAGAAUCAUCAUAUAACUUAGAAAUAGAUACAUAUACCAGUCAUAACACACAUAACAGUAAUUUUCUUAGUGCACCAAGUUGUAUCCGCACAAAAUCUACAAUGUAUGAAUUAUCAUCAUCAAGAUUUACAGGAUUUGAUGAAUGCUCUGAUUGCAUUAUUAGUAAUUAA